GACUGAAAACAUUUGGUUUUUGUUUGUUAUUUAUUAAAAUCUAUUUAAAAUUUAUGAAAUACCAUCUCUAGCGAUAGGUUUUCUUUUCUUCUCGCUGCUGUCAAACCUCCAAAAACCAUGCAGAACCCCAAGGAAUGGACCAGCAAGGCUCUAGACGAACCCCAUGCCAAGCCCCGUCCCACUAACCUCAUCAUCAAUUACCUUCCCAAGGAUACUUCCGACGAGGAGCUGUACGACAUUUUCUCUACAUUUGGUGCCAUUCGUAGCUCCAAGAUAAUUCGAGAUAAUUUCGGCUCAUGUGUCGGCUAUGGAUUCGUGGAUUUCGUCAACAGCCGCUUUGCCCACGUGGCCCAAAUGAUUGUAAACGGACGCGAGCUGCGCGGCAAGCACCUUAAGGUGUCGUUCGCCCUGCCGCGCGGCAUUGACAUUGCCAAGUGCAAUCUGUUUGUCAAGUAUCUGCCGGUGAACGUUAACAAGGAGGAGCUGGAAAACCUUUUCGAAACCCAUGGCACCCUCUCGAGGGUGAAGGUCGUGGGCGACAAGUUCAACGGGAUGAUGGAGCCGCAGCUAAAUGUGGCCUAUGUGCGCUUCAGGGAGCCCGCCGACGCCGAGAAGGCCAAGAUCGCUCUCGACGGGUACUGCUUUCCAGGGGCCAAGCGCCCCAUCUCUGUCCAGAUUUUCACGAGGCGAGAAAACCCGAGAGUGGAUGAAGCCCAGGCCAUAGAGGAGGGUCGUUGGAAUCCCUCACCGCCGCUGGGUGCAGAGGGUGUCUUGGAGAGGCCUUGGUCUCCCCCGCCGGCUCGUGACCCUAUCUUUUCAGAUUUAGAUUAAGAUCUUGCCAUAUUCCAUUACAUUUCUAUAAACAAUAUUCACCUAGUCAUCAUUAAUAAAAGCUGA